GGAGAAUUGACGACGAAUUUCGGCAUUAUACAGCUCAUAUUUAGAUCUAGGAUCGGAAAAUUCAAAUUUUAUCGAAUGGCUGAGAAUCCUCAGAGUCUCCGAGAGCGUUUCAACGCUGGCGAAGCACGCCGAAAACAGCUCGAAUCAUCAUGGGAUACAAACGGCGCCAGCUACCAGGAGAACCUCGAAGCAGCUAUAGGGACCUAUGAGGAAUGCCGAAAAAUAGCGAGCCAGGUGGCGUUAUUCAGCUCGAAUGAAACUUUGGAAGAUAUUUCCUCUCGCGAUUUGCAAUAUCUCCUCAUAGACUUUUAUCUAGCGGAGCUAUUGCUCAGGCAGAAUGCGCCGAGUCGCAAGAGUGUAUUACUCCAGGCUCGACAAGCAUAUGAGCGUUACAUAGAUCUGCUCGACUCGUAUGAGAUACUUUCAAAAGAGGACUCCAAACUUCACGAACGGUAUUCGGACAAUCCGGACAGAUUUUCUACUGCAUCCACGACUGAUGCAGCUGCUCGCCGGGAGACGAAAAUUGCUCGAUUUAAGGAAGAAAAAGCAUUAAAAGGAAAGCUCGAGUACCUCUCGCAGAAUCCAUCUGUGCUUCACAACGAUGAAGAUUCCUUCCGAGAUCUCUAUCUUACGCAAAUCAAAUUAUGCACUCAUCAAGCAUUCCAGUCACUUGAGUCUAUCGCGCAGGAGCUUCAGAUUUUGGCGCUGGCGCCGCCCAUGCCUCCUGCAGGAGCUGCAGCACCCAGAGAUGACCGCAGGGAACGUGAACGCAACAGAGACGGAUACUCGGACCGGAUUGAUAGACCACUUUCGGAACUGUUGGCUGGUGGAAGGGCAGGCCCUAUUCUCAGCAAAGACGGAAAGCCCCUCAAGCCGUUUACCCUGUUGGAUAGUAGGCAACGGUUACAACAGGGCGUAUUCCGCCCGGGACAUAGUCUCCCGACAAUGACCAUCGACGAGUAUCUCGAGGAAGAGAAACGGCGGGGUGGUAUCAUUGAGGGCGGAGGUCCGCAGUCUGAGAUACAGCCGGAGCCGGAUGAGGAUAAUUUUGAAAAGGCCGACGAAGAAACCAUGAAGGCAAGAGAGUGGGACGAAUUUGUAGAAGCCAAUCCCAAGGGUUCUGGAAACACCAUCAACCGGGGAUAAUAAAACAUGGCUGUGGCUCUUCACACUCUGUCGUUUUGGCGCUGGCAAGGCAAUAUACAAUAUACAACAAUAUACACUUGCACUCCCGCUCGGUGAUGAUACCAACUAGAUACCUACUACCUACUACCAUUUCCUCAAAACCUAUUUUAGCCAGUAUAGAGAAUCAAUGCAGUUCUCCUCACAUGCCUG